CUGGGGAAGGGGCGGCUGGCGCCAUGUCAGGCCGCGAAGGUGGCAAGAAGAAGGCCCUGAAAGAGCCCAAGAAGCAGACCAAGGAGAUGGGUGACGAGGAUAAGGCUUUCAAGCAGAAACAUAAGGAGGAACAGAAGAAACUUGAGGAGCUGAAAGUGAAGGCCGCAGGGAAGGGACCCCUGGCCAUAGGUGGAAUUAAGAAAUUUGGCAAAAGCGUCCUGGACUCCUCCGCCUGCAGCUACCACUCCAAAGCUGAGCUGGCACAGCACCUACGGCAGAAGGAAGUAGAGUUGCUGGUCUUUAGCAAGCUGUGGGUCUGCCACCUCUUUGGGGACAGUAAUAGGCAAUGA